AUGGUAAACGUUAUUAGUUUUUUAUUGCUCUCUGGUCUAGUCGCAUUUAGUGCCUCAGAGUCUGUCGAUUCCGAUGUCCUGAAAAGGUAUGGAUAUCUAAGGCAUCUGCGGCCCCUGCGUAUGGAAUUCACAGAGUACUUCCAAAAUGUAUCUCUGUCCAGUAACGAUGACGAAUUAUGUCUAAAGGAACUAGGAGCACUUAUAAAUGGAUUAUCAUCCAGCGAGUAUUGGGCAUUAAAAAUGAUGGAUUCGUGGGGUUCCAUUCCCUCUGGAUUGCUGACCGAGAACAUGUUCGACCUAGGAAACUUUGAUGAAUGCCUGUCAAUUAAUGAAGUGAUCGGUAGUCAAAAUAUAAGGGGAAAGUACUGCUUCCUCAUCGCCAACAACUUGAGAAUUGCAACUUGUUUUCCGGCUUCAUGCACUUCCACCCAAAUAGAACCCUUUGUGAAGGAAGUUUUCAGUAGAGUUCCUUAUCUUAACAGUGCCAAUAUAACUAUGAAGAUCAGUGAGACGAGCUGCCAAACAAGUGAAAGGGAACCUUGGGAUGGACUGACUAUAGUCACCAUUGCAAUUCUCUCUGUGAUGGCUGUCCUUGUCACUUUGUUUACAAUAUAUGAUUAUUUCCUGUGCAAAGAUCAAAAUACAAUUCCAGCUGUGGUGAAGGCUUUCUCAGCUCGGGCCAACUCCCGCACUCUUUUCCGCAUAGUUCCGAGCAAAUCAAACCCUAAUAUAAUCGAGUGCCUUCAUGGCAUCCGCUGCAUCACACUUAUUUGGGUUAUAUUCUCCCACGAGUUUUUAUUUGCUCUGAGUUCCCCUAAUCUAAACAAUGCUAAUUUACAUACAUGGGCCGCGGAACCCUUUGCCAGCUUUGUGCUACAUGGAUACUUCUCAGUGGACACAUUUUUCGUCCUUGGAGGUUUAUUGGUAUCCAUGAUUGCUCUACGAUCUAUGGAGAAAUCUGGUGGAAAGCUGAACCCCCUUCUGAUGUAUCUGCAUCGCAUGCUACGCAUUUGGCCCGUCGUAGCAAUGGCCAUUCUAAUCUACUUGAGAAUGAUGCCAGUGGUCAGUGGUGGACCCAUGUUUAAAAGUGGUUACCAUGCCAAAGAAAGUUGCGAGAGAGGUUGGUUCGUGACCUUGCUCUUUAUUCAGAACUAUGCAGUACUGCACAUUUGUCUGGAUCACACUUGGUAUUUGGCGGUGGACAUGCAGCUGUUUAUCAUCUCACCAAUCCUCUUGACUGCCUUAUAUAAAUGGGGAAAAAAGGCGGCUGCUGGAAUUGCUGUGCUCGUGGUUUUGCUAUCGGGUUGCCUUUUUGCCACUCAGAUGGUCAACAAAUACUCCUUGCUUAUUAGAAAUAGUGGAGAGGAUGGUGGAGUUCCCAAUAAGAAAUUGUACUUGGCCACGCAUGUUCACGCUGCUCCGUGGCUGAUAGGUUUUCUAUUUGGCUAUUUUCUGCAUCUGAAUAGAGGCAAGAAGUUCCACAUCAGUCGGCUGGUGGCGUGGUCAGGAUGGAUCCUCAGCCUGGCCAUGCUCUUCACCUCGAUCUUCGCCCUUUAUCCGGCGGGUAAAUGGAGUGCUCCACCGCUGUCCACUCUGGAGGAGUCUCUGUACUACACCCUCACCCGAGUGGCUUGGCCCUUGGCCAUUUGUUGGAUCAUCUUCGCCUGCAUGCAGGGCUAUGGAGGUCCGGCCAAUAGUUUCCUCUCCUCGCCUUUGUGGCAGCCACUUUCAAGACUCUCCUACUCCAUGUACAUCUGGCACAUGUUCGUUCAAGAGGUGAACAGCCGCAGUGUCAGGACAAACACAUAUUUCUCCAACUACUCCAUGAUGAAACAUUUCUGGCAUGAUUUUGGAUUUACUGCACUGAUGGCUUACCUGUUGUACCUCAUCAUCGAAGCUCCUUUGGGUGGAUUUGAUAGUCUUCUAAGGCCUCAGGGGAAUCCUGCUGCUACUGAUCAACCAAAGCUAGUUUGUCAUGACAAUAAUCUAGAGACUAGAAGGUCGGAAGAAGUGAAUGGUACUGAUUCAGUCCCAAUAAUUGCUUCCGAUGUGAAAAAAUAA